GGUGUCACCGUCUCCUGAAAAACUCUCCGACGCCCAACUUGAAAGACAUUUCUCUACCUCUUCGGGACCCAAGACGGCCUGUGGCUCCUAGCUCAAGCGUCUAAGCGUAUGGCCUGUGCCUCCGACAUUCGGGUGACUGGGUAAUGUAAACAAGAAUAAGCUGUUUGUCUCCUGAUGGCUUUUGCUGUAUACUGACGUAUUAUUUGUGAUGGCAUCUGAGGCUGAGAAGACCCAUGCUUUACUCCAGUCUUGUAGCACUGAAUCUCUUUUUUCCAGCCUCGGUCUGGGAAUAUUUUGCCUAGUAGCUGACAGACUUCUUCAGUUUUCAAUCAUUCAGCAAAAUGACUGGCUUCGAGCCCUCUCAGAUAAUGCAGUACAUUGCGUGAUUGGCAUGUGGUUGUGGGCAAUUGUCAUUGGAGUCAAGAAGACAACUGACUUUGGAGAAAUCAUUUUAGCUGGAUUUUUAGCCUCUGUUAUUGAUGUAGACCACUUUUUUCUAGCUGGAUCUUUAUCUUUAAAGGCUGCUUUGACUCUUCCACGAAGACCUUUUCUUCACUGUUCUACCGUGAUACCUGUCGUGGCUCUGACCUUGAAGUUUACUAUGCACCUUUUCAAGCUCAAAGACUCAUGGUGCUUUCUCCCCUGGAUGUUAUUUAUAUCCUGGACCUCACAUCAUAUCCGAGAUGGAAUUCGUCACGGCUUGUGGAUAUGCCCAUUUGGAAAAACUUCUCCUUUGCCAUUCUGGCUUUAUGUCAUAAUCACAUCCUCUUUACCUCAUAUCUGUUCAUUUGUUAUGUAUUUAACAGGGACCAGACAAAUGAUGUCUGCAAAACAUGGAAUUCAGAUUGACGUCUGAAGUAACUGUAUGCCACUCUGAGAGAAGGAAAUGGUUCAGACGAUAAUUAAGGGUAGCUGACAUUAUAAAUUAAAAAAUAUAUAUUAAUUAUUAUAAUUCCUGAAUCCUCUUGCUCAGGAGGCAUGCACCCUUUUUAAAAAAAAAAAAAAUAUAUAUAUAUAUACAUUUGUUAUAAUUUCACUUCUCUCUUCUAUAAUACACUAGUACAAUAUUAGAGUUUCAUUUAUUCCGUGACAUAUUUUUAUUGUGUCUUCUGUUUAUCUGGCUUAACCAAUAGCUCUAGUAGACUAACAUCCAGUUACAUUUUCUGGAGGUAUACAUUUAAGGCAGUCCACUUCAGGAUGAAAAACAGAUCAAAUUGUAGGGUGCCUAAUUUGAAGGCAUUUGUGUCCACAUUUUCCUGAGAUACUGAAACAGUGAAAGAGCCAGAAUAAAUGAGAUCCUGAAUAAGACGUAUGGUGACCACUAAGAUUUCUUCAUUUUCCUCUAUGUUGAACCUGAGUGAAGUUUGAUUUGCCAGGUACUUUAGUGAGUUGUGAUUACUGGUGGAAUCUGUGCCAGUACACUUGUAAGAAAUCAUCAUAUUCAUAAAAGAUAGUAACUAAUAUUAGAUCUAGAUUAUUGUUUCAGGAAUCACUUUAGGAAAUAAUUAUUGUAAUAUGUUGCCUGUAGUAACAUUACUCAAGUAUUAUUUCUUUUAAAGUUCAUCUAUUUAUUUUGAGAGAGUGUGUUCAUGAAUGGGGGAGGGGGAGGGAGAGAGAGAGUCCCAAGCAGGCUCUGCUCUGUUGCACAGAGCCUCACGUGGGGCUUGAACUCACAAAUCGAGAGAUCAUGACCUGAGCCAAAAUCAAGAGUCAGACUCUCAACCGACUGAGCCACCCAGGCGCCCCAGUAUUAUUUUUUUAGUAUCUUUGCCCCUGAAUCCCAUGUGUUAAGGUUUUAACUGUUCUGAAAAAACAUAAUUAAAUUAACAAAAUAUUAAUACAUGGCUUAUAACCAUGGAAUUUGAAUUCACACAAAAAAAGGACUUACCAGUAAUGUUAUUUCAGAUGUAAACUCCUAAGGUGUCAUUAAAAUUGUUUUAGUUGCUAUCAGUUUGUUUACACACUAUUUAAAAAUAUUAUACCAGUUAAAUAAUUUUUAAAACAUAUGCUUGAUGCAGAGAGACAAAACAUACGUUUUUCAAAAUGAAGGAGUUUCAGGAAAUUUGCCUUUUCCUUUGUCCUUUCAGGUUAACCUGUCAAAAAUGAUUAACCUUUAUUAGAGUAGGAAAAUUUGGUUGCUAUAAAAUUUUACAUUUUCACAGUUUAAUGUCACUUUGAUAUAAACGUCAGUGCCCUAAAGACACUUGCUUUGUUUUUUUGUAUCCUAUGUGCCAUCUGCUGUCUUGAGAUUUUCUCACACAUUUGUGAUUUGUAAUGCUAGUGAUUGUGUGCCUUAUUCUCUGAGAAGUGCUGAAGCAACGCCUUAUCCAAAGCAUAUUCUUCUUAUUUAUUAAGUUAAACAGAGCUCUGUAAACUGUCACAAAUGUUCAUUUUACUUUGGUUUUUCUUUUUGUUGUUAACCAAUUGGUUGCAAUCUAUUAUAUCUUAGAAUCUAUUAGAUUUUACAAUCUAUUAUCUUUUGAGAGCAAUGAUUGUGUCACUUUGGUUGGUAUAAUAAAUAUUAUAUAGUGGGGGGAAAUUUGAAUAAGGUAGGGAUUUUUUUUAAGUAUAUGAUGUCAGAAAUCCAUGGAAAUAAAGCAUAUAUCUUCUA